UAAUAUAAUAUUUAUGUAUAUAUUCUUUUUAUUAAUAUUUAAAUUAAAUACGCUUAUAGCCUUAAAUUUAAUAAUAAAUUAAACUGUUAACCUAUUAUUUACAGCUAUAAAUACAAGGGCUUAUCACGUCGAAGAAGCAGACAUAAUAGGCAUAGCCGUAUUCGGCACAGCCACAUGUAAUAAGGUUGUUUGACCGACAGUGCCAAUAAGGCACCGCGGCCUUCGCCGAUGCUGGCGAGCCAUCUUAGUGCACGUCUGUGUGUUACCAAAUAAUGAUCAUUUUCUAGUAUAUAUUUUAGUAUACAAUAUUUAUAAUGUGAUAAUAUAUUUUUAAUUGGGCCGCUGGUCCCAUUGUGAGUUUUCCGAUUGCGUUUUUUGGCGAAUAUUCCGAAGCGUUUUCUCUGUGAUCUUUUCGCUGCUUUUAUCGUGAGCUCUUGGGAAAGUAGCUACCUACCUCCACGUGGUGCGGCCCGUUAGUACCUUUUUAGGGAAGCUACAGGUAGUUGCGACUCUUUCAAAGCCUUUUUCAAGGCUAUUUUGUUGUGCGAUGGCAAGUAAGCCACCACACUUUGUUGUUCUUGCCCGGACAGGGGGAGAAGAGGGGCUCGAGGUUGAGUCCCAGGACCCAAUUCCAUCACUACCAAGUCGGCAGGAUGGAUUGCAAGGUAACAGGGUUACUGCAGCUCAGAAAGUUCAAGAUGAACUACAUGAAUAUCUAGUUAAUAAUGCUCAUUCGAAAAUUGGAACUAGGGAUCAUAUCCCACAAAUACUAAGGAAAGUGGAAAUUAUCAUAGAAAUUUUAACAGAAGGUGAAGACAUAAAGAAGAUGGUGUCAAACAUGCAGCAGCAAUUAGAAGAUUUGAAAGGGAAAGAAGAAAGAAGAGGUGGAAGGACUUUUGCACAAACUGUUGCUAGUUCUCCUUUAAUUAACAAGAAGAUAGUAGAACCGAGGGAAGUGGUUAUUGUGCAGCCCACGGAAGGAGAUUGUGAUGCUGAGAAAACCAAGAAAAUGAUAAAAGAGAGAAUUAAUCCUCAAGCGUUGAAAAUUGGAGUUAAAGGUUUAAGGAAAUUACGGAAUGGAGCAAUUGCCAUUCAAGUUGAAAAGGCAAAUGAUAAAAUUAAACUGCAGAAGGCAGUGGCUGAAAUAUCUGGAAUGUCUGCUCGUGAACCCAAGAAAAGAACACCAUAAGUUAUUAUACAUUCAGUGCCAAAAGAAAUAGAGAAAAAUGAAAUUUUGAAGUAUGUUUAUCAGCAAAACGAAGAAUUGCAGGGAAAUAAUGUAGAACUAGAAGAAUUUGAAAGGGGUUUCUCUGUAAGGUUUCCUCUUGAAAAUAAAAAUAAACCCACCUCAAGUUGGGUGGUUGAUGUUAGCCCACAAAACUGGAUAAAGCUGUUAAAGCUUGGAAAAUUGAAUUUACAAUGGGUGAGAUGCCCAGUGGAAGAUUUUGUACCUAUUGUACAGUGUUAUAAUUGUUGUAGAAUGGGGCAUUUUGCUCGGGAUUGUAAGCAGGAGACCCCUACAUGCAGUCAGUGUGGAGAGGGUCAUAAGUAUAGAGAUUGUCCAAAUAAAAAUACUGUUGAAAUGUGUUGCAAUUGUAAAAAGAUAAAAUGGCAGAUACAAGGCACAAUGCCCUAGACAGAAAAUGCCCAUUGGUAUUGAGGGCGAAAGCAACAAUAAUUAGUCGAACAGACUAUGGAGAUGGAGUCAAUUAAUAGUACAGAAGUAAUAAAAGUAAUAUAAGGAAAUAUGCAGAGGGCAAUUGCGGCUAAUUCAAUGUUAAAUAAAAGGCUAGAAUCAAAGGAGGCUGCUCUCUUACAAGAACCAUACACUGUAAACGGUAAAGUGGCAUGCUUUAGUAGAAGGAUACAAGUAUUACAACAAG